UAGGAGGAAUAAGAGUUUUCUCACAGUCAAGAAAAUUAUCCACCAAAGGUUUUCCAGAGAAAUACAGCACCACUUCCGGGUCACUUCCGUUAGUUUCUCGUGAUCUUAAAAGUCUCUUAAAUCUCAAGAAGUUAUAAAAUGGCAAGAGAACAUGUGAAGAGUUCAUAUGCAAAAACAGAUGUCCACAGAUGCUCUUUUAAAUCAUGUUUUUAUUGUGCAUUACAAGUGCAAAAAUUUGGCAAGAUUAGAUUUUUUUAAUUCGUUUAGUUACAUCUGUAUUCUAGAAUUUUAGUGAGUUUACUAGUAUUAUUAUUAUUAUCUUAAAAUGUGGAAUAGAAAGAAUGCGUAGGCGACCCUAAAUGUCUUUUAGACAAUUGCUAAUUAAGUAACGUUAGUGCAUAUUUUUACCAUCAAAGUGGUUAUGUUAGUUAUCAGUUGCAAAUUAAAUAAAGACUACUUGGAAAGUAUCACAAUUAUUUUCUUUCAAAUCUAACAAAAAAAUCAAUCACAAAGGUAAAAUUUAACGCAAAUAUGGAGUUGAUGACAGCUGUCAAUCUAGACUGAGCUCGAGAGCCCCGCGCUAAAAUCAGUCGGCGCGUGAUCACUGAAGAAGUUUCUGUCAGCGUUCUCUCAGACUUAAACGUGAGGAGAAAUGUCAUUUAUACUAUUUUUUUAGUUUUAAAAAAGUUGUAUAUACCGUUAUAACGAUAAAUAGCUGUUUAUGGUUACGUUUAAGAGCGUCAGGUUAAGAGGUAAAACAGAAUCAGUUUAAGAAAAAAAUGUAGCCACCGAAACAAUAGUAUAUAAUAUAUUAUGACAUAUUAUAUUAUAUUUUUUAACAUCGAUGAUAGAAUGAAGUGUGUGGAGGACCAGACUUUGGAGGAUGAAGCAGGGUUCCAGGAAGAUGAGGAAUCUUUUUUCCAAGAUAUAGAACUCUUACAGAAGCAUGGCAUUAACAUGGCUGACAUUAAAAAACUGAAGUCUGUGGGGAUUUGUACUGUGAAAGGAAUCCAGAUGACCACACGUCGUGCUCUCUGUAAUGUAAAGGGACUUUCAGAGGCUAAAGUGGACAAAAUAAAAGAAGCAGCUGGAAAGUUGCUGGUAUGUGGAUUUCAAACAGCUUCUGAAUACAGUCUGAAAAGGAAACAAGUCUUCCACAUCACAACUGGAAGUUUGGAGUUUGAUAAACUCCUUGGAGGAGGUGUGGAGAGUAUGGCCAUUACUGAAGCUUUUGGUGAGUUCAGAACUGGAAAGACUCAACUGUCUCAUACACUGUGUGUUACUGCUCAGCUUCCUGGUGAAUAUGGAUACACGGGAGGAAAGGUCAUCUUUAUUGAUUCAGAGAACACCUUUCGCCCAGAGAGGUUGAAGGACAUAGCUGACCGAUUUAAUGUGGAUCAUGAAGCUGUGUUGGAUAAUGUGCUGUAUGCACGUGCAUAUACAAGUGAGCAUCAGAUGGAGUUAUUAGAUUUUGUCGCAGCCAAGUUUCAUGAGGAGGGAGGUGUCUUCAAGCUUCUGAUAAUAGAUUCCAUCAUGGCUCUGUUCCGGGUGGACUUCUCUGGAAGAGGUGAGCUGGCCGAGAGACAACAGAAGCUUGCACAAAUGCUCUCUAGACUGCAGAAGAUCUCUGAAGAGUACAAUGUUGCAGUGUUUGUUACCAAUCAGAUGACUGCAGAUCCAGGAGCUGGAAUGACAUUUCAAGCAGAUCCAAAAAAGCCCAUUGGAGGACACAUACUGGCACAUGCAUCCACCACACGCAUCAGCUUAAGGAAAGGACGUGCUGAACUGAGAAUUGCCAAGAUAUUUGAUAGCCCAGACAUGCCAGAAAGUGAGGCUACUUUUGCCAUUACUGGAGGAGGAAUAACAGACGCCAAAGACUAAACAUCUACACAGAAAAGCAAAUGUUAGCUAAAUACCUGAAAAUUUCUUCCAGUAUUAUUCAUUAAUGUUCCAGUUAUUGCAUAUAACAUUGGUUUUGUUUUAUUCGAAUGUUCA